UGCACACCAUUUUACCAGUUAACCAGUCAAACAAUAAUUUGUUGUCAUUCAAAGCCAGGUAAAAGUCUAAUUAUAAUCAUCGUGAAUUGUGCUUAAUAACCUAUCAAAAUGUUUAGUUGGCUUGCCUCAUGAAUUAACAGUUAUCGAAUCUAUUGGAAAAUCCUGGAGUUGCCAUCUUAACCAAUAAAAUCAGAUAAAUACAAAAUUCAUUUUGUGUAAGCUUGUUGUUCUAUAAUUUUACUUGGCCAGUACGACAACCUGUUGAUUCCAGGAUAGAAAUAUCGCAAAUUUAAACCUUUUCCUCCAUUAGAAUAUACAUAUUUAUUGUUGACCAUGUUACCGAAUCAUUCACAUCGAGGGCCAGGAACGCCAAAUCAAUUCGCCCCUAGUACACCAGCGACUGGGUCAUUAACUAACCCUCCUCCACCUCCGCCACCUUCUUAUUUUACUGCAGACGAGAUUAAAGUGGAAUUGUUAAGGAAGCAAAGUGUUAUGUACAGCCCUCUCAACAGUGAACUUUAUCCUGACAUACCAGAACAGGUUGAUAAUUAUAGGGAACUGACACCUUUAGAAAAUCCAGUAUCCACUCAAUCAACAACAUUCGGUUAUGUGAACAGCGUUUAUCGAGCUGUAAAUAUGUGGACAGGUGAUGUUUAUUGUUUAAGAAGAGUCCAUGGAUUUCAACCAAACACAAGUAAUUUUAAAAGUUUAAGUAAUUCAAUAGAUGCUUGGAAAAAAUUGGAACAUGCCAAUGUUGUUCCAUUAAGACAAGUAUUUACGACAAAAGCAUUCGGAGACAACUCUCUUAUUUUUGUUUACGAUUACUUUCCGGGGGCCCAAACUCUAAUGAGCCAAUUUUUUACUAAUCAUCACCAUGGAGGACCAGGAGGCUUAGGAGGACAUGCCAACGGACUCGUAGGAGCAGCACGUCCUUAUAGUCAACAACAAUCAUUUCGAGCUAAACUUUUGCCUGAGCCACUUAUAUGGACCAUAAUUAUUCAAUUAUCAUCCGCUUUACGCACAAUUCAUGCCAAUGGUCUUGCCUGCCGAGUAUUUGAUCCGACCAAAAUAAUUAUCACUAGUGGACAGAUGCCAGACAAUUCUCCAGCCUUGGGACAAUAUCAUCCCAAUCCAAGACUGCGUUUAAGCUCUUGUGGCAUAUUUGAUGUUAUAUCUCCUAAUCCAUUCCAAGAGCUUGCUCAAUGUAAUCCAAAAGUUGUUUUACCUCAAUUACAGCAAGAAGAUCUCAUUGCUUUGGGUAAAGUUCUCCUGGCCUUAUCAUGUAAUUCUUUGAAUGCUGUUGAAAGAGAAAACUGGCCCCAAUCACUGGAAUUAAUUGCACGCAACUACUCAACUGACCUGCGAACACUAGUUCUGUUUUUAUUAACAGUUAAACGUGGUAACAAUAUUAAUGAAAUAAUGCCCAUGAUAGGGGGUAGAUUUUAUGCUCAACUGGACACCGUAUACUCUAGAUACGACGUUAUCGAAAAUCAAUUGGCCAAAGAGAUAGAUAAUGGUCGAUUAUUCCGUCUCCUUUGUAAAUUGGGAACCAUCAAUGAAAGGCCAGAAUACCGAAUGGAUCCACAAUGGUCUGAAACUGGGGAUCGUUAUCUUCUUAAACUAUUCCGAGACUAUCUAUUUCAUCAAGUUUCUGAAGAUGGACAUCCAUGGAUUGAUAUGGGCCAUAUUGUAUCUACUUUAAAUAAGCUCGAUGCAGGAUCUCAAGAAAAAAUUUGCCUUGUUUCACGUGACGAUCAAAAUGUUCUUAUAGUUUCCUUUGCGGAGCUUAAAAAAUGUUGUGAAUCUGCUUUCAACGAACUACUCUUGUGAUCACUGGUACAAUAAAAUCAUACAAACAAAACCAAACUCGGAAAGAAGAAGAGAUUUAAGUUCGCAGUGGUUCAAUUGAUUAUUCUUCCAUGAUUAUAUCAAUUUUUUCAUCAUCCAUUUUAUCUACAAUCAAUUGAUUUUCUUUGGUUUCAGAAGUGAAUUGAAUUUUGAAUCUAAUCGAUCAAAAGCGAAGACUGGAACCAAAAAAACCGAAAGAGUACAAAAAAUUUAACUGAACAAUUAAGUAAAAGAUAUUUUUUGUUCUGAU